UUGAGGUCGAAUAGAAGAGGUUAUAAAAUUAAAUUUCCCUUUAGUUUCGGAACUAAAAAUGCCAGAUGACUACGAUAAAGACGCGUACCCCGAGCCCCCGCGGCGGACUCCGGUUGUAGAUAAACAGACUAUCCUUCCAAACCCGGUUUUAAUUGCAUCGAAGAUUUUCUAUUACUCUGUGGACCUGCCUGUGACCGCCUUCAGGAAUGCUAUAGAAAGCCUCCAGCCCAAAAACAAACUCCACUACUACCACCAGAAGUUUCGCCGUGUACCAGAGCUGACUGAAUGCCAAGAAGGCGACUAUGUUUGCUAUUAUGAAGCAGAAAUGCAGUGGAGAAGAGAUCAUAAGGUGGACCAGGAGAUUGUGAAAGUCAUCGAGCAGCGUGCCCGUGCCUGUCAGCAGCGUGAGGGGCCCAGCUACAAGCAGAACUGUGUCAAGGAGCUGCAGCAGUUUAAUGAGGUCUCCAGGGCUUACCAGUCACGCUAUGGCGAUCUUGGUGCAUAUGCCAGUGCAAGAAAAUGCUUGAUGAAGCAGAAAGAGAGGAUGAUUGAACAGGCACAGAAAGCAUAAACGUCUUUUCCCCCCCUCUUAUUUCUCCUGUGCUCCUCCACUUUAUGUAUAAAUGUGUAAAAUAAAUACAUUUAUUGAAAUGUU